AUCGUCAAUUCGUCAAUUAUGUACUAUGGAAAUGAAUCAUUGCAUUGUUCAUUGUGAAUAGUUUUCUAUUUGAUUUUUUUAUUAUUAGAUAUUAGAAUAAAAUAUAAAUACAUUUUACGUUAUUUUUCAUACGAGGGGAAUGUUGUUUUUAAUUUAAAGUAUGUCGUUACAUUCCGAUGAAAAUCCUAUUAAUGAGAAUAUUGAAAAUGAUAUAACUAGUAGCCGAAGAAAUUUAGUGGAAUCGGAAAGAGUUAUCGAGGAAACGACAGGAUGGAUCAAAUGUCGAACAGUAUUAGGGGUGAUGGGGUUUUUAGGGUUCGCCAAUGUGUAUGCUAUGCGGGUCAAUUUAUCGGUAGCAAUUGUGGCUAUGAUUAAUUCUACAACACCUCUGCCAUCAAAUGAUUCAACAUUAGAUGUGUGCCCUGCCUCUCCAUCCAGUAAUAAUUCUGUUCCAGCUAAACCUGGUGAAUUCAACUGGACUCCAGAGCAACAGAGCAUUAUACUUGGUUCCUUCUUUUAUGGAUAUGUUCUCACACAGAUACCAGGUGGAAGAAUAGCUGAAAUAUUUGGUGGCAAAUUAGUGUACGGUAUUGGAGUAUUACUCACAGCAAUUUUUACCAUAUUGAGUCCUAUAGCGGCUUAUGUGGAUUUCAAAUUUUUCAUUGUGGUGAGAGUAUUAGAAGGACUCGGCGAAGGUGUGACAUAUCCUGCCAUGCAUGCGAUGUUGGCAAGAUGGAUUCCUCCUUUAGAAAGAUCAAAAUUUGCAGCUUAUGUCUAUGCUGGUUCCAACAUAGGCACGGUUAUAUCUCUUCCAAUAUCAGGGUGGCUGUGUACAUUACAGAUGGGGGGAGGUUGGCCGCUAUGUUUUUAUCUGUUUGGUGGGUUUGGGGUACUGUGGUUCAUUGCGUGGAUGUUCUUGGUGUAUGACACACCACAGAAACACCCCAGGAUAUGCCCUAAGGAGGUCGAGUUCAUUGUGCAGUCUAUCGGACCUCAGGAGGAGCAUCAGACAAUGUCAAUACCUUGGCUAAAAUUCCUAACAUGUCUGCCGUUAUGGGCCAUUCUGAUAGCACAGUGUGGCCAAUCGUGGCUUUUCUACACGCAACUAACAGAGCUGCCAACUUACAUGAAUAAUAUUCUCCAUUUUGAUAUUGUAUCUAAUGCAAGACUGUCAGCACUCCCAUACUUAUCAGCAUGGAUAGCCGGCAUCUUAAUAAGUAUAUUAGCAGACUGGCUGCUCGCCAAGGGAUGGAUGUCACGAAUCAACAGUAUGAAGCUGUGGAACACAGUGGCGGCGUUCAUCCCAGCGUUUGGUCUAGUUGGUAUCGCGUGGGCUGGCUGCGACCGACUUGCGGUUAUGUUGCUGCUCACCAUAACUUCUGCCUUCAGUGGAGCCUCAUAUGCAGGCAACCAGAUGAACCACAUAGACCUGUCGCCGCAGUUCGCGGGCACCAUGUACGGCAUCACGAAUGCCGCGAGCAAUAUAUGCGGGUUCAUGGCGCCCUACGUCAUUGGACAAAUUAUAAGUUCUGAUCAGCAAACUCUCGGGGAGUGGCGCGAGGUGUUCUACCUGGCAGCUGCCAUCGAUCUUGGUGCUAACCUGUUUUAUCUAUUCUUCGCCAGCGCUGAGGAGCAGGACUGGUCCAGGAGCGACAGUACUGAUAUGUCAGCGUCCAUUGAAACACUGAUGUAUCCCGAAUCCUAGGAGUCGAUCCGCGCGUCACAACCGCGGUAAGGUGAGACAGCUGUGUGUCUCUAUUAAAAGUUUGUUAUUUUAAAGUAUAAAUUAAUUUGUACCAAAACUUAUGAACUAUCGAACCCGCGCCUCACGGGUUCCGUCCGAGCGCUCUUACCGAACUGGAAUGAGCUGACUGAGUCGAAAUUUUGGUAUAUCUUGUUCGACUCUCAGGUUAUGGCUUCAUCUACAGGAUCUACUUUACAGUUGAUAACCUGCUCAACCCCAAUAUUUGUAUAUUAGGACAUUUGAGAUGUCGCACUUUCAAAUCUGAACAAUUACUUAUUUUUAAAGUAUAAUUUAAUCAUUUGUAACCAAAAUUUAUGGACUCGAAGCCGUGCUUCUUGGGUUUCGGUUCGAGCGCUCUUACUAACUGAGCCAACCGUCCGAGUGACGUAUCGGUCGUAAAUCCUUAUUACUUAUUUAUUAUUAUUUAUGUUUUGUUGAAACUCUCAGAUAGUGGCUCCAUCUACAGGAUCUACUUUACAGUAAAUGAUAACCUGCUCGCUCAACCCCAAUAAUUUGAAAUUUAAUAUCAAAUAAACAAUUAAACCCCAUGAAUUUUGAUACAAAUUAAUUUCUAUUAUUUUAAUUCGUAAUUAUUUGACAUCAUCAUCUGUCACUUAUGACAUUCAUAUUUGUUUUGUACUCUCCGAUAUCCUGCGAACCUAGUAACUUGGUAUAAUUUUGACAUAUAUGGAAAAGAUGUUUUUUUACGCUUUAUAUUAUAUAGAUUUUUCAGGAAAUGAAGGCCAAACGUUUUAUUUAAAUAAAUAUUUAGCUAUAAAUGAAUUCAUAUCGUACAUUAAUCUACUUAUUGUUUUGUGGAGUGAAAGAAAAUAUUUUAGAGUCGCCUAAUAAACCCAUAUUAAAAUAUUUUUAUUUAUUUGUAUAAGAGUUAAAUAAUAAAUACUCACUUCUUUUAAAAAAAUCCUUUAUAAAAGUAUUUUAUGUAGAUAUAAUAUGAAGUGUGUAACAUGGGUAUUUCUCUGCUCUUGAGUUGAGUUCAAAAAUGAUUUGUAAAGGUCCAUAAAAUUAAAAAAAAAACACAGAAUUUAAUUCCAUUUUCUACGCUAUAGUAAACUGAAUUCUUAUUGUGACAGGCUUUUUGGGACAAAUACACAGUUAAAAUAAUAUCUACUGCAACACCUUGUAACUAGGUAGUUGGUAAUCAACCUAAAAUACCUAAUCCUUAAAUAUCUAAAGAUCCUUUAUACCUGUAGAUAGACUGUGACAGCCGUGAAAACGUAGAAAAAAAUUUGAGUUUAGAACUUACCUCUAUUUUGAGCAAUUCACGCACACUAACACCGAGUGUAACACAAAUCGCGAGAGUGAGACGUAGCUAAUUACGCACACUAAACUAAUAAACCUGGCCUGUUUUCAUCGGUUGUCUAGCAGCAAAAGUCUCUAUCUAGACGUAUAAACUAUCUAAGUUAAAUAUUUUUUUCCAUAUUUAUUUUACACAAUUAUAAAAUUUAGAUUACAUAUUUAGGUUCUUUAAAAGCUACUGUAAGUGACAGUUAAAGCCCGAAAUUUUAUAUUUUAUUUAAUACUCGGUUAAAUUUCUAUUUAUGAUUUA